AGUUUUGUGAAUAUUCACAUCAAAAUAUUUUAUUUUGCACAAAAAAGCGCUGUUUUGAAAAUAGCCUUAAGCAAUGUGACUUAAUUGAAGAAAAAUCGAUACCAGUGUAAACAAAAAAUAAAGAUUACAAAAAAUUGUGAAAGUCCAGUGAAAUUCGGUUCUGCCACAAAGAACAAAAACAAACUAAAAGAGAACCUAAAAACAACUAACGUGGUUUAAGCCAAUUACCAACGAAAGAAAAACUAACAAACUAAAGCAAAUAAAUAAUUCACAAAAGAAUUGGGUAUUUUUAACUCAGAAAAUAAAAAAACGGACAAUACAACAAACUCUUCCCAUAACCAAGAAGUAGAAGAAGAGAAACAAGGAAAAAUUACGAAAAAAAGGAAAAAAGAACACCCGAUGGCCACAUUAGCAAUAGAACAGAGUAACACCCACUUAACAGUAACGUCGACGUCGGCCAAAGGCAACGCUAACGGUAACGCUAACGCCAACGCCAUUGCCAUCGCUAAAACCAACGUCAACGCUCUGUCCAGUAGGCCCAUUCAAAUCCCCACGCUACAACAAAGUGAACGCUUUUCCAGCCAAUUAUCAACGGGUUCGGCCGACAGUGCCUGUGUUGUGGCAGCCAGUACCACCAGCACCGCCAGCAGCAGCAAUGAUGAUGAUGGUGGACACACCCCUUGCUCCUCCUUUGUUUCUCUAACAGGGGUGGCGCCCGAUGUGCGUCGCAAAGACGAUUUGGCCAUUACGCAACACAGUGCCAGCCUAAGCUUACAUGGCGCCGCUCAUCCUAAAUCCCAAUUGCAGAAACUCAAACAGCCUGGCUACCGGCAAUUGUUGUCCCAAGACAGUGGCAUUGACAAUGACCGCGACUCGGCCGUGGGAUCCCAGCAACAGCUGAAAUCGGCCCACUGUUCCUCGUCGAGCAAUGAAUCGAUUGGGGCCGCCAACUCUUCGGGAGAUCUAUCCCAUUCGAAAUACUCAGAGGAUGCCUUGGAAUCGGAGUCCUCUAGCGGCUAUUCGGGCAGUACCCAUAGCUUUGGGGCCCUGAGUUCGGGCAAUACUGCCACCCGCAGAAUUAAAUAUAAAUCCUGCAACAGUUCCACCACCUUGGGUUUGGGUGUUGAGGAUCGCAUCGAUGAAGUUGAGGACCUGCAUUUGGAUGAUGAAGAGGACGAGGAGGAAGAUGUGGAGGAUGACGAAGAUGCCGUUGAUGGUGAAAAUCACCACAACGAGGCCGAGGAUGAUGAUGAUCCCGAUGACAGUGGCCUGCAAAUGUGUGUCAGUCCAAAUCCCGAAAAGAAGCUACUCCCCGAAAACCAAACAGAAUCCAAGGAAAAACAAUUAACCGAAAAAUCUCCCGAAAAUUUGAAAACCCCAAAACUCAAGGGGCAAGUAUUGGCCACAGAUGGUAACUACUAUUUCCCGCUGCUGAAUAUUUCCGAUGAUCCGGUGAUCAAUCCCAAGCUAAUCAACAAAAAAGAUGGCCUGCAGGAUUGCAUGUAUUAUUUGGAUGAAUUCGGCAGUCCAAAGUUGCGCGAAAAAUAUGCUCGAAAACAAAAACUCAAAGAACUAAAACAGCAACAGAAAGCCAAGAAAAAAGCUGCCAAGGAGGCAGCAGCCGCCAGCAGCAGUAGUUCCUCAAAGACAUCCUCCUCGGACAACACAACCAAAAAACGCCACUGCACAUUUACCACCCAGGAGUGUCAGGAGGCCAAUGUGGUGGCGGCGGCGAAGGAGGAGCUACAGCCGCUGCAACCCAAAAUAAACACAAAUGAAACUCAUCCCCCCGCCACCUGUAAUAAUAAAUCCAAAAACACCUUAGAAACUCACUGUGAUACUAAAGAGAAGAAUAGUCAUUUAAGUUAUGCUAAGAAGUCCACAACUACUGAUAGCUGUAAGAAGUCCCUGCUAAAAAAUGAGGGUGGCGAUGGCGGCGUUACCGUGGCCUCAGAGGCCAAGGCCGAUGAUGAGCACAUUGAGGAUGCUGAAAAAUGUAAUGAUGAGAAUGGUCCCUGCCCCGAAGAUCCAUGCAAUUUGCGCAAGGCCUCAAUGACAGCGUCCUGUGUGAGCUGGACCAAGGUUAUGAAGAAAUUCAAAAAUAUGCUGGGAGGCAGAGAUGGUUCAAAAAUUACCACAGUUGUUGCCACUCCGGGCCAAGGUACCGAUCGUGUACAAGAAGUUUCCUACACAGAUACAAAGGUGAUUGGCAAUGGCAGCUUUGGCGUUGUCUUUCAGGCCAAAUUAUGCGAUACCGGAGAACUGGUGGCAAUUAAAAAAGUUUUACAAGACAGACGAUUUAAGAAUCGUGAAUUGCAGAUUAUGCGCAAAUUGGAACAUUGUAAUAUUGUAAAACUUUUGUAUUUCUUCUAUUCGAGUGGUGAAAAGCGAGAUGAAGUGUUCUUGAAUUUAGUACUCGAAUAUAUACCAGAAACUGUUUAUAAAGUGGCGCGUCAAUAUGCUAAAACUAAGCAAACAAUACCCAUUAACUUUAUAAGGCUUUACAUGUAUCAACUGUUCAGAAGUUUGGCUUACAUACAUUCAUUGGGUAUUUGUCAUCGUGAUAUUAAACCACAAAAUUUGCUAUUGGAUCCAGAGACCGCUGUAUUGAAAUUAUGCGAUUUUGGCAGUGCUAAACAAUUGUUGCACGGCGAACCAAAUGUUUCAUAUAUUUGUUCACGAUACUAUCGUGCACCCGAAUUGAUAUUUGGCGCCAUCAAUUAUACCACAAAAAUUGAUGUGUGGAGCGCCGGUUGUGUAUUAGCUGAAUUACUUUUGGGUCAACCCAUAUUCCCUGGCGACUCUGGUGUUGAUCAGUUGGUUGAGGUUAUCAAAGUUUUGGGCACACCUACACGAGAACAAAUUCGUGAAAUGAAUCCCAACUAUACGGAAUUCAAAUUUCCACAAAUUAAAAGUCAUCCAUGGCAAAAAGUUUUCCGUAUACGCACUCCACCAGAAGCUAUCAAUUUGGUAUCGCAACUUUUGGAAUACACACCAAGUGCACGUAUAACACCAUUGAAAGCAUGCGCCCAUCCAUUCUUCGAUGAAUUGCGUCAGGAGGUUAAUCAUACAUUACCAAAUGGCCGGGAGAUGCCACCACUUUUCAAUUUUACAGAACAUGAACUUUCAAUACAACCAAGUUUAAUACCACAAUUGUUGCCAAAACAUCUGCAAAAUAGCGCACACCGUACUGCUGGCGCCGGCGGUGAAGGCGGUGGUGCAACAGCUUCAGCUGCUGCUGGUUCAUCCUCAGCUAAUGCCACAAGUGCUGCUGCCACGGCCAAUAAUACCACGCCGGGAUCUUCAGCGCAAGCAGCUACAGGUUCACAAUCCUCGUCGGCGGGUAAUGCAACAAAUGCCUCAACAUCGGGUACGUCCAGUAAUAAUAAUGCUGCCGCAGCAUCCAGUACCAGCAGUGGUGGUAAUGGUGGUUCACAAACGCCUGGUGGCAGCUCUUCGGCGGCUCCACAAACCGAUUCACAGGCCAACACGGAGAAUGCCUCAUCCACGGGAGCAGCAGCAGCCGCUGGCAAUUCAGCUGCUGCCAGCAGCACAGGUGGCACACAGACACAACAGUCAGCGACGACAAUGGGUUAGCGAGAUUAAACCAACAACAUUACAACCUAUAUUCAUACAAUAAUAAUAACAACAACAAAUACAACAACAUUAUCAUCAAGAACAACAGCAAAAACAACAAUGUGUGACAAGGAAAAAACAGACGUCGCCAAGGGCGUUACAAGUUAACAUCAGAUCAGAUUUGCUGUUUUGCUGCUGCUACUGCUGUUAUCGAUUCAUCCUCUAACUUACUUCCUCCCUGUCCCCCCUUGUCUCCCCCCCUCUUCCAACUCCCUGCAGAUGAUUGGUGGUUAGGUGGCAAUGAAACAAAUAAAAUAAAAAAAAACAAAAACAAGAGAUGACAAACAAUUGCAAUGAGGCAAUUUUUCUUCUUUAACAAAAAAAAAACAACAACAAAAACAAAAAUAUAUAUUUAACAAAUAAUUAAUUACUAUUAUUAUUAUGAUUAUUAUUAUUAUAUUAUAUUAUUAUUUUUUUAAAAAUGAUUAAACUAAUUCGAUGAUAUAUAAACAAAACGGUAAACCAACAACAAAGAACAAUUUAUAUAUGAAAACAACAACAACAACAAGAAAUUAUAAAAAUUUAUAAUUAAAAUUAUCCGAAAAGAAAGGAAAAAAAAUUAACAAUAAUAAUAAUAACAAAAAAAGAGAAACAACAACAAAAAUCACUUUAAAUAAAAUUAAAGAAAAAAAGAAAAACUCAAAUCGAAAUCAUCAAAAAACUCAAUAGCAAAAAACGCCCUUAAAUUUUCUUUUUUUCCGAGGUUGGACAGUCAGCCUCUCUUGUUUCCCCCCUCCCCCUUCUCCUCACUUUUUAUUUCUUAUGUGGUCAUAGGUUAAAUAGCAAACAACAAGAAAACAUAUUUAGAGAAAAGAAAAAGAAAAACAAAACCUAUUAAAAGUAAUGCAACUCAUAAUUUAAUUAUUUAUAUAAUUAUUAUAUAAAUAGUAAAUAAAUUAAAAAAAAAUAAGAAAAAUUAAAAAAAAAACCUACAAAACUAAAACAAAAUCAUUAGUAAGGAUUCUUCAUUUACGACAUCAUCGUAGUACUCUACAGCAUAAGAAACUUAAAAUACAUAGCUUCUCAUUUAAAUGUUAAAACAAAACAAAAAUAUAACUAAAAUUUAUUAAUAAAAGCCAAUAUUUCCCUUAAAAAAAAAAAACAAAAACACAAAAAAUUUCAAAAUUGUUGUAAACUAUUUUAUUUCGUACUCUACCACCUCUACUGUAAGUCUACAUUAUGGUUUGUAAUGCAAUAAAACAAAGAAACUGUGGUUUGUUUUUCAAAAUUUAGAAAAAAAAACGUCUGUGCAGAAUCAAAAAGCUUUAAAUCAUUUCUGACUCGCUCUCUAUCUCUGAAAAAUAUGAUGAUUGUGUCCUCCUCCUCCCAUAUGAGAAGAAAAAAUGCAAAAUGGAAAAUAUAAAAUAAACAAAUAAAACAA